AUGCCAGAUUGUCCCUUGAGAGGUGGUGGAGGUAUAGUUCAGCCGAUAGGGGCUGCAGCUGGUUCUUCAUCAUCUGUACGCCCUCCUUGUCAGACUUCUCAGACUCCAGCCGGUCAUGGUAGAGGUAGAGGUGGAUCACCCAGUUUGAACGGUCCUCCGAACCACAUUUAUGUAUUAGCUCGUCAACAGGAUCUUGACUAUUCACCCGAUGUUGUGACAAGUAUACUAUCAAUGUCUUCUCAUGAUGUAUAUGCAUUGAUUGAUCCAAGUUCUACACUGUCGUAUGUUACUCCUUUCAUUACUGAUGAGCUUCCAGGUCUUCCACAAGAGCGAGAGAUUGACUUUUCCACAGAUGUAUUACCAAAUACUAAGCCAAUAUCUAUUUCUCCUUAUAGAAUGGUACCUGCUGAGUUGAAGGAGCUAAAUGAGCAGUUGAAGGACUUGCUUGAGAAAGGCUUUAUUAGUCCUAUAUACUCCCGAUUAAAGGCAGAGCAUGCAAAUCAUUUACACGUUGUUCUUAAAGUUCUCCAAGAUCGGAAUUUAUAUGCAAAGUUCUCUAAAUGUUGCUACAAGGGAUUCGUAGAAGGUUUUUCUUCUAUUUCUACACCACUGACGAAGAUGACUCAGAAAUCAACUAAAUUCCAGUGGGCUGAUGCUUGUGAGCUUAGUUUUCAGGAGUUGAAGAGCAGAUUGACUUCAGCUCCAAUUUUAACACUUCUAGAAGGAUCAGAGGGCUAUUUUAUUUGUUGUGAUGCUUCAGCCAUUGGGCUAGGUUGUAAGAAAAAGUCACCGUUUAAGAUUUCUGUGGAUGGAGUUAUCAGAUAUCAGCUUCGUGGACUUAUGUACACAUAUGUUUUGAGAGAUAUUCGAAGAUCAUUUCAUGAUAAGCUUGUGUUAAGAAUGGUGUAUGUUCAGGUUGAGUUUGAUGAUAAGUCUGAAAGAUUUAUUAAAUCAGCCUAUUUUCUGCCAAUCAGGACUACUUACUCAGCCGAGGAUUAUGCGAAGCUUUAUAUUAAUGAGAUAGUAGCGUUCCGGUAUCUAUCAUCUCUGACAGGGGUGCGCAAUUUACACCUAAUUCUUGGAGGUCUUUCCAGAAAUGUUUGGGGACUCAGAGUGGGCCUGGUGGCAUAUGUGUUAGAUUUGCCUCCAGAUUUUAGAAUCAACAAUCCAGUAUUCCAUGUAUCGAUGAUUCAUAAAUGUGUUAGAGAUACUUCUAGAAUAGUACCUAUUGAUGAUAUUCAGGUAACUGUGCAGCUAUCAUAUGAAGAGAUUCCCAUUGCUAUCAUAGAUGGACAAGUUCGAAGAUUGAGGGCUAAAGAUGUAGCUUCUGUGAAAGUCCUUUGGAGGAACGGGAAAAUUGAGGAGAAUACUUGGGAAGCUAAAGAAGAUAUGAGAUUCAGGUAUCUGCAUUUAUUUCCACUCCCAGAAGAGGUCCAGACAGAGACACCAUUGUGUUCAG